AUGGCGUCCAGGGACUUCCUGCGCGUCUUCGGCGCCGGCGGCGAGGGGUCGGGCGCGCUGGCGGACGCCGCCAACGCCGGCGCCGGCCAGCCCGACGACGUCGAGCUCAGCCUCGGCCUCUCCCUGGGCGGCCGCUUCGACACCGACGCCGCCGCCAAGCGCCCGCGCCUGGCGCGCUCCUCCUCCAUCGCCUCCGUCUGCUCCGUCUCCUCCCUCCACGGGGACGCCGACGCCGACCCGUCCCCCGCCGCGCCGCUACCGCUGCUGCGCACCACCUCGCUGCCCACCGAGACCUUGGAGGAGCGCUGGCGCCGCCGCGAGAUGCAGAGCCGCCGCCGCCUCGAGGCGCGCCGGAAGCGCGUCGAGCGGCGCAACUCCAUGGGAUCCUUGGUCCCCGCCGGCCCCAAGCCCGCUGCCGACGCGAUCACCGCCGUCGGCAGCGGGAGGAGGUCCAUCGGCUCGCAGGGGAGCAACUCUGUAAGCACCACGGAGCAAGGAUGUGUUAAUAUGUGA